UGCCCUAGGAGUGCACAAAGGAGAACAACACUCAACCACUCCUCAAAACAAAGGUGAGAAGCCAACACAUUGAGAUAGUUUACUCUGCUGGGUGUUUUAGUUUUUAGUGGAUCUGCUCCUCUCUGCCUGAGUUCUUUCCAGCCACAGCUCAGAUUGUUUUGACCUCAACAUGAGGUCCACUGCGAUAGCGUUGCUGGUUUUGGGGAUGUGCACAAUGGAGACGUUGAGCCUUCCUGUCAAGUCUGUGUUCGUCACCAUCCCGGGAGAUGUCAUCAAAAACAUGACUGACGUGGAGAUGGCAGAUAAAUACCUGAAGAGGUUUGGCUACAUGGAGUCUCCGCAGCGCAGCGAUGUUUCCACGUCCAAAGCUCUGAAGACGCUGCAGAGGCAGAUGGGUCUGGAGGAGACCGGACUGCUGGACAAGACCACGCUGGACACCAUGAAACGCCCCCGCUGUGGGGUCCCAGACAUUCGCAGCUACCAGUCCUUCGACGGAGACCUCAAAUGGGACCACAACGACGUCACCUACAGGAUCCUGAACUACUCCCCUGAUAUGGCACCCUCCCUGACCGACGACGCCUUCGCCAGGGCCUUCAAGGUGUGGAGUGACGUGACUCCUCUCACCUUUACCCGUCUAUUUGACGGAACCGCCGAUAUCAUGAUAUCCUUCGGGAAAGCCAAUCAUGGGGACCCGUAUCCAUUUGACGGAAAGGACGGCCUCUUGGCCCACGCCUACCCCCCCGGCGAAGGGAUCCAGGGUGACGCCCACUUUGACGAUGAUGAGAUCUGGACCCUAGGCCAAGGGACAGUUGUGAAGACGUUGUACGGCAAUGCAGAGGGAGCUUUGUGCCACUUCCCUUUCACCUUCCUCGGAAAGUCGUACAGCAGCUGUACCACGGACGGACGCUCCGACAACCUGCCAUGGUGUUCCACUACAGCCGACUUCGGAACGGACAAGAAGUUUGGCUUCUGCCCCAGUGAACUUUUGUACACGUUCGGAGGCAACAGCGAUGACAAACCAUGCGUAUUUCCCUUCGUAUUUCUUGGGGAGACGUACGAUAGUUGCACCACGGAGGGCCGUAGUGACGGCUACCGCUGGUGUUCCACCACUGACAACUUUGACAACGACAUGAAAUUUGGAUUAUGCCCCAGUCGUGAAACGGCUGUGGUCGGAGGAAAUUCAGAGGGCGAGUCUUGUCGCUUCCCCUUCCAGUUCCAGGGGAAUUCGUACGACUCCUGCACUAGCGAGGGACGCAAUGACGGAAGGCUAUGGUGUGCCACCACUGAUAACUUUGACACCGACACCAAAUGGGGAUUCUGUCCUGACCAAGGGUACAGUCUGUUCCUGGUAGCAGCCCACGAGUUUGGACAUGCCCUGGGCCUGGACCACUCCAAAGUCAGAGACGCACUUAUGUUUCCCAUGUACAGAUUCAUUGAGAACUUUUCCCUAAAUGAGGACGACGUUGAAGGCAUUCAGUAUCUCUACGGACCUAAAACCGGCCCGCACCCCAGUCCCCCGGGUCCCAUCACCACGACGACCACCAGACCAACAACAACCACCACACCGACACCUGUAGAUCCAGACAAUGAUGUCUGCCAGGUCACGACCUUUGACGCAAUCACUGAGAUUGGGAAUGUGCUGCACUUCUUCAAGGAUGGAUAUUACUGGAAAAAGACAAACAGCGAUAAGGCUAAGGGUCCAUUUGCUAUUUCUGAGGGGUGGCCGGCCCUGCCAGCUAAGAUUGACUCUGCCUUUGAGGACCCGGAAACCAAAAAGAUGUACUUCUUUGCAGGAACUCAGUUCUGGGUGUACACUGGCAAGAAGGUACUUGGACCCCGCAGCAUCGAGAAGCUGGGCCUGCCGAGCAGUGUUCAGACGGUGGAGGGAUCCGUGCAGAGAAAGGGGAGCAAAGUCCUGCUCUUCAACGGGGAGAACUACUGGAGGCUUGAUGUGAAGACUCUCAAGAUGGACAGAGGAUAUCCUCGGACAACUGUCACGGUCUUCGGCGGAGUUCCCAGUGAUGUCCACGAUGUUUUCCUGUACAAAGGUCACCUUUACUUCUGCCAAGAUCGCUUCUACACGGGUGUGAAUUCUCGUCACCAGGCCAACCGUGUUGGCUACAUCAAGUAUGAUCUCCUCCAGUGUUCAGACGAUUCCGCCCUGCGGGCCUGAGAAGCCCUGACUUGAAGAACUUAUAACUUAUGCAAUCAAAAUAACAAUUAGUAAUAAUUUGUUGGCAGUUCCUCUUUAACUGUGAAGUCACAUGCAAUGCAAAAUUGUUAACUGCCAUUUUUGGGGUCCUUAGUCCCACGCAAUCACAUACGCAGCAACACACUGUUUAGUUGAAUGGCCCAGAUGAAGGUACUUUAAGUGUGAGACUUUGUUGUUGCAUCACUCUUCAUUUGUGAACAGGUUAUGGAUGCGAACAGCAGGAAUAGGAACAUAACGGUUCCCUCCAAAACAGAAUCUGCAUCAGAUCAGAAUAAGGUUUUUUGUCUGACAGGCUCAGACUGUUUCAGUAUACAUUUUUUAAGCAAUUGUUAGGCCCAAUGUUUAUUUGUUUUGUAUAUUUUGGCUUGAUACCAGUUAUUUGCACUGGGUGGCAUUGCAUGUCUCCAUCACUGAAAUUAUUUAUAAAAUGAGUUAUUUUGUAUUGCAUUUAAGUUGUCAUUUAAUUCCAAUAAAUAUACGACUAAAUGUUU